GAGUAAAGUGCCUCUGCGCAGGUGUUUUUCUAUUUUUGUUCAUGUUUUUGUUUUAGUUAUUAAUAUGUAAAUAACUCGUUUAAAUUGCUAGUUUGAGCGAAGUGGUGUUAAAAUUUUUUUGAAUGCUUAUUUAACUAUGCUUUGAUAAUAUUUAGAUGAAUAUAUUGAAAUAAAGAUUUGUCUUCGUUGAAUAGUUUUGUGGUGUGAUAUAUCAAGUGAUUGUGGUUAACGUGAGCAAUGGCUGCUACAAUAUGUAUGGAAAACAAAUCAGAAUGCGGAUCUUGUGUUGCGUCGACUGUCACUCUAACAAACAAGAGCGAAGAACUCAACUACAACCCAUUUGAACAUAGAAAUGUUACCCAUCCUACAUCAACGGCUGGCUCGUUCUUCCAUCUGCUCAAGUCCUCUUUGGGCUCCGGAUUGCUCGCUAUGCCAGCGGCCUUCAAACACACUGGAAUCAUACCAGGUUGCAUUGGUACGGUGCUAGUGGGAAUAAUCGCCACGCAUUGUGUUCAGAUAUUGGUGAAAACGUCCCGCGAAAUUUGUCAAGAAUGCAAAAUGGCCUCCCUAAGCUACACUCACACAUGCGUGAAGGUAUUCGAACGCGGCCCCAAAACACUGCGACAAUAUUCAGAAGCUGUACGGCAUUUCGCUGACUACGCGAUGGCUGGUGUGUGCCUUGGAGGCACUAGCGUCUACGUCAUAUUCAUUGCUUCUUCCUUGAAGGACAUAAUCGACCACCUAGCACCCGACAGGCAGUACUCCAUAGAGGCGUAUUGUGGCUUCCUUCUUUUGCCCUUAAUUCUCAUAACACAAGUACGCUAUCUGAAGUUCCUCGUGCCCUUCUCCGUUAUUGCCAAUAUCUGCCUCGUAAUGACCAUUGGAGUGACCUGUUAUUAUACGUUUGUCGAUCUGCCAGAUGUAAGCAAUGCGAAGUUGUCUGCUGACGUCGGGGAAUGGCCUUUGUUUUUAAGCACAGCAAUAUUCGCAAUGGAAGGCAUCAACGUUGUUAUGCCGAUUGAGAAUGAAAUGGCUAAGCCCGAACACUUUCUGGGGUGUCCUGGGGUUCUCAACGUCACGAUGGUAGUGGUAGCGGCGCUGUACGGCGUCGUGGGGCUCUUCGGGUACAUCAAGUAUGGGGAGGAGGUCCUUGGAAGCAUCACGCUGAACCUUCCACAGGAAGAUGGAUUGGCGCUAACAGCCAAGAUAUUGGUUGCAGUGGCAGUAUUCUUUACAUACUGCCUGCAAAUGUACGCACCCAUGGACAUCUUGUGGUCGCGGAUAAGCAGUCGAGUCAGCCAGAACUAUCACAACCUAGCCCAGGUCCUAGUCAGAACUGCAAGCGUCACUCUUACUGUGACUUUGGCGGUAGCAGUUCCUGACUUGGAGCUAUUAAUUGGACUGGUUGGUGCAAUAUUCUUCUCAACUCUUGGACUUCUCAUACCCGUCGUUGUGCAAACAGUGUACAAAUGGGACAAGGAUCUGGGAAAGUGCUAUUAUGUCUUGUGGAAGAACGGUGUUUUGCUCCUGUUCUAUUUCAUUGUGCUCGUGUCUGGAUGCUAUUCAGCUAUUUCGCAGAUUAUAGUUAGAUUCAGUUGAUUCUAGAAUAGCAGCGAGGUUGCUUCGCUAUCUAUUUAAAUAUAGACAUAAAUCUUAAUAGGAGAAUAAGUUUAAGCGAUUUAGAUGAUCGCUAUUAAUUGUAAUUAACAAAUUGUUAUAAAAUGAGGCACUACUUUUUAACAUUAUUAGAAAGAAACCUAAUUAUAAUUGUGAAAGUAACUUCAUGAUUUCUUUCUCGUCUAAUUUACUCAAACAAUUUUAAUUAAAUUUGGAGCUGAGGUAUACAUAGAAAGAUCAACUUCUCAGUCUAAUCUUUGUCAAGAUAACACCAAGUGAAAUGGCCUCGAGACAUUAAUGCAUUUUUCCAUUGCAAUGCACAUUUCACACGCUCGCUGUAUUAUAUGCCAGUAGGUAUAUCGUUGUAUAUUUAAUUUCUGUAAGAAUAUUUUGGUAUGUGUAUAAACAAACAACAAUUAUUAAAACUACAUUUAAUGCCUAAAAUCCCACCAAUAGAUAUGCCACUUAAACUUAAGAAAUAUAGUAUUUAAACACAUAGCUACACGCUUUUGAAAUAUGAUAAUUAUUUUCCUUUACCCUGAUUUGAAAACAUAGUUUAAUUUUUUAACAUUGAUUGAUAUUAUAAGAGUUCGUAAAUAAAAAAAAAUGGUAGGUAGGUAGGUAUAUCAAUAUGAUAAAUGUUGAUGGACCAUCCACCCUAUCUAUUUAUUGAUUGGUCACACAACAUUCUUUAACAAAUGCUAUUUAGAGUUCCUAGAAAUAAAUUAUUGUAGAACUUGAAUAUUUAACCUGAUGACAAUAUUUCUUAAUGAUUGACCUACAUCUUUAUACUAGCUUUUG